CCGGCGAGAGCACCGUCUAUAAAAUAUUAUAUCUUCGCGUGGCAUGUUCCGCAUCAUUAAUCCCGCCCUCAAGUGACUGACCAUGGGACCUUGGUCGAGGCGAAGAAGUCGACGUAACACCGUUAGCAGACUGGUCCGUCAUAGGGACAACUCUGUCCUGGCAGAUCGCAAGGCAGUCUCGGAGAGCGGCGGCGAUGACGACGGUGACCUUCCGGGACUCGGCAAGGGGAGAGGGAAAGGCAAAGGGGGUCCGCAUCGGUCUCUCCCGAGCACAUCGAGCUCCGAUGCCUCGUCGCCUUCAACUGAGCCCUUUACCCAACCUCCAGCCUCGGAGACUACGACUUCGAGCGAUACCACCACGACGGACUUCACUACUACCAGUGCCCUUUUUGAGCCGCCAGAGUCAACAUCGCUGCCGUUGGUUUCCACUCAGCUUUCACAGCCGCUCCCUCCCAUCGAAACCCAGAGUGCUAUUGCUCCAACGCCGACGUCUUCCGUGCCGGAACUAAGCCCUGUCCUAAGCACUCUCCCGAGCGGGACAACCACGACUGCACCCUUUCCAACCAUUCCAGCAUCUCAAGGAUCGAUCGGCAGGAACGAUCUGGAUGCUCAGCAGAUAGCCGGGAUCGUCGUUGGCUCCUCGGGUAAGAGAAUAAUUAGAGGUUUUGAAAAAGGGAAAGGGGGGGCGCAGAGAGACCAGUCUCCACCUUCCCCGGCGGCGCAGUAUCAAGGUGCCGCUGAGUAAAGGUAGGA